AUGUCUCGAAUGAUGCAAGAGCCAAUAUCAUGGACAUCAAUACCAAGAGCCGAUGUUGAUGUUAUUGAACAUUUGAAAUCAGUUGAUUCAUUAUUGAUCAAUCAUGGAUUUUCUUUGAAGACAGUAUUGACUAACCUUCCAAUGCGACCAAAAUAUGGAAUUUUUAACAAUCAAGGCGAACAAAUAUUUUCUGCAUUUGAAGAAUCAGACUUAUUUCAACGUAUUUGUUGUACAAAUGAGCGAGAAUUUACUAUGCAUGAAUUUAUUCGAGUUCAUCGUGAAUUACAAACUUGUUCAGGAUGUUGCUGUUGUGGUAGUUGUGAAAGUUGUAUGCAACAAGUUACCGUUGAGUGUCCACCAGGACAAAUUAUCGGCACUGUUCAACAAGAAGGCAGUUUUUCUGGUAUGCAUUAUGUUAUUAAAGAUGUAAAUAAUACAUCGAUGUUAACUAUAAUGGGGCCAUGCUGUAUUUGUAACGGGGCUUAUUCUUGUGGUUGUGAAAAUAAAUAUACAUUAUUGGGUACUGAUCGAAUAACAGAAAUUGGGGCUAUUAAUAAGAAAUAUCCGGAGAGUAUGCAAGUCACUUCAGCAAAUCCUAUCGCCUUUACAGUCAAUUUUCCAUUGAAUCUUGAUACUAAAAUGAAAAUACUUAUACUUGCUGCUCUUUUUCUUAUUGACAUCGGAAACUAUAAGAUGAUUCGUUUACGAAAUUAA